AUGUGGAAGCUCAGACUAGUUGCAGACACCCUCAACGACUCGUUCCGGAUGAUUUUCAUCCUGGGGCAUGAGAUCGCCAUUGACGAGUCUUUGUGGAAGCUUUUAGGACCUACAACCCAACCAAGAGGGCGAGGGUACAUCUCUUGUUUCCAGGUGUCCACUGGGAGGGACUCUGGUGACAUGACCUCUUCCACGAAACCAGUGUUUCAUCUGAUGGAGUAUGGCGGCUUCCAUGACAAAGGAUACCAGUUUUUUGUGGACAACUGGUACAUGUCGCCUAAGCUCUUUCAUUUGUUGCAGUCACGAAGGACAAAUGCGGUAGGCAUAGCCCGGCUGAACAGGAAGUUCAUGCACAAGGACCUCAGUGUGAGGAGGGGUGAUGUCGAUUACUACAACAGCACGACGGGAUUGCUGGCCUUGAUGUUGAAGGACAGCAACAUCAUCACCAUGCUGUCUACUGUCCAUACUGCCGUAAUGGAAGGGGAGAAGCCGUUGGUAGUAAAGGAUUACAAUGUCGGCAUGAAGGGAGGCGACGUUGGUGAUCAGAUGGCGGGCUACUACCCAAUGCCUCGCCAGUCUAGAGUCUGGUACAAGGUCUUCUUUUUUCUCUUUGACAUUGCCAUUGUCAACACCUGGGCCGUCCAUCAUGUCCUUGGCUGGAGGGAAUCACAGAAGGCCUUCAGACUGGGGCUCAUCCCUGAACUCUUGGGGCAGUUCAGGGAGGGGUCCAUCCCCUUCAGGGCCCACACUGCAAUAAGUUCAACCAUUGCAGCCAGGCGAGCUCUGCAGCAGCGGCAGCAAGAAGGUGUCUUAGGGAUACACAGGAUGCUCGAGGGCGGAGAACUGAGAGAGGAAGAGCGCUGA